UAGGGAAGGAGGAGCCGCGCCCGGGAGCUGGGAGUCAAGGAGUACGAGAGGAGCCGGGAGCGGGGAAGGGAGAGUAGGAGACCCGCGCCAACCCGCCUUGCUGAUGAUGUUACAAAAGGGGUUACAGACGCAAGCCUAUAAAACCGGAAACCCCGGAACACUGAACAUCAGGGAAGAGACGGACUCUGAGACAUGGCUGCUAACAAGAAUAAGAACCAGAGCUCCCUGGUGCUGCACAAAGUGAUAAUGGUGGGCAGUGGUGGUGUUGGCAAGUCGGCUCUCACCCUGCAGUUCAUGUAUGACGAGUUUGUAGAGGACUAUGAACCCACCAAAGCCGACAGCUACAGGAAGAAAGUGGUUCUAGAUGGGGAGGAGGUACAGAUUGAUAUACUGGACACUGCCGGACAGGAGGACUAUGCAGCCAUUCGUGAUAACUACUUCCGCAGUGGGGAGGGCUUCCUUCUUGUCUUUUCCAUUACUGAGCAUGAGUCUUUCACAGCCACAGCUGAGUUCAGGGAACAAAUCCUGCGAGUCAAAGCGGAAGAAGAUAAAAUCCCCUUGCUCAUAGUGGGCAACAAGUCUGAUCUGGAAGACAGGAGACAGGUCCCUAUGGAUGAAGCCAGAGGCAAAGCAGAAGAGUGGGGGGUACAGUAUGUGGAGACAUCUGCGAAAACCAGAGCAAAUGUGGACAAAGUAUUUUUUGACCUAAUGAGGGAAAUCCGAACGAAGAAAAUGUCUGAGAACAAGGAUAAGAAUGGGAAGAAGAGCGGGAAGAGCAAGAAGGGCUUCAAACAACGCUGCUGUUUACUCUGAUAUCUGUGGGUAGCAAGAUGCGUGGAGGCAGCAGCCAGACGGGAUCCCUUUUCUGUCCCUGGCACCCCAUAUAGUCCUUCAUUUCCUUCAUGCCGGGGAACAUGCACACGCACUUCCACCUCACUGUUUACCACAGCACUAUGGGUAAGGCGCUAAAACCCUCGGCUCAUUCGGCUGGACCAUUAACUUGACAUGCCUUUUCAUUUCACCAUUUGUUUUUAAAGCACUUUCACCUCCACCUUUACCCUAUUCCCACCAUCUUAACCAGUCCCUUCUGAGCUAACGCCACCUUGUCGCUGCCCGUACUAAGUGCCAAAGUCAGCUUUUUAUGCAUUUCGCUGUUUGGUUAAACUUUUUGAGGCAGCUGUGACACAUGUGUCCAAUGGGAUUCCAGCUGUGUUUCUGUCAAAUCCUCCCCAAACCCCAUUUAGACGCUCCUAAUCUCGGUGCCGUGUCAAACCGGAACAAAAACCUUCCCUUUAAGAGCUACAGAAUCAAAGCAGUUGUAAAACUGAAAAUGCCACUAAAGUAUUUUGCAUUGAGUGCAAUAACACUCCCAUUUUAGCCUAGAUAUGCAGUAAUGAUCUGUUUUCCUAGUGAACCCACAUGAACUUGCUCCCCCAGUCUCUUUAAGGGUCCAAUGAUUAUUUUCUAUGCGUAACAAGAUAGCGGAUGUCCUAAAAGGGCAAUAUUUUUAGGGUUAAUUUUUCAGCCAGCCAAUAAAGUUGUUGAAACAUUGAAAUAUCUGUAUUGGUCGAUUUGUCACCAUGCAGGUAGGAGGAGACUUUAAAGUUUCUAUUUGUGGUGGUGAAUCUCCACCCUGAAUAAUGGCAGCAGGUCCCAUGUAGGGCAUUUUUGCACAAACUGAGCCCCCAUUAGCUUGGCACAUUGGGGAAAUAUCAAAGGGUCAUAACAUGUCACGCAUAACCUUAUAUACUUUUUUUUUGUUGUUUUUGCACAAGGUCAGCUUAUUCUUUACCCCAGAGCUUGCCAGCCAAAGGCUUUCUGGGGGAUAAUGGGAGAUGUAGUUGGAACAAAAUGCAGGGUUUCACAGAUUUCCCUUACAACCCCCUACCCCCCCAUUUUGUCUCGUAUUGCUAGUUCAUACUUGAGAUUCCUCUGAUGAGUAACGUGCCCAGUGAUACAAUUACCUCAUAUGUAAGAGCUGCUGGAUGUUACGCACACACUUUUGUACCUUUCUGCUCUCCCCCUGUUUGUUCUUAGAUGUGUUGUUUAUGAACUUAGAAAUUUUGGAUGUCUGUGUGAGGUUGGUCAGUUUGGUUCAGGCAAUUAACUGCAGCACUGAUUAAGUUAAAGGACUAUGGAUGAUCAGUUGCAGUACCACUCCAGGACCGGUGUCCCAUAGAACGGCAACAAAACAGAGGCGCCAUCUGUUCUGCAGAUAAGGACAGUGUGUAUGAGAUGGAAUCACACUGAAAUAUAAUCCCAGAAAUAGCAGUGCCCAGUUGCAUCAUCACUCUCUGUACAUGGGGUUAUGACUUCACAGAGAUCUUUGCCCCAUUAACCAGAUUUAACCCAACACUUUGUGCCAAAUCCUACGCGAGGGAGAAAACCAAUCUCCUUGCUUAUUACUUACCUUUGCCUCCUUAUUUAGAUGAGCCGCUGAGAAUGUAAAAUAACAUUUAUACAUAAUAUUGAUAUAUACUAUGGCCCAUGGUGUUACAUUGACCCAACAAUGACUUCUGCAGAUGCUUUUGUACCAAGGAAUAUCCGUGUCAGGGUGAGGCCCCAUGAAGUAAUAGGUCCUUCCUGAAUUUUCCAAGAGCAAAUGGCAUUUUGAAGCGCAUCAUUAUUCAUUUUGUGACUUACUGGGGGUGGGGGCAAUUUUCUAAGUGUUUUUAAAGUUCUAUUUAGCCAUGUAUUGUUCAUUUGUUCCCCAUGCUAAUCACACUGAUUUGUAUUUCAACUGUAUAAUAAAAUUUUUACAUUUUACUUCA